UGGCAAGCACCACUCAGGAAUACUGCUAGUCACAGGAUGUAAGCCCAGUGCCCAGGAAUGACCCAGAAGUACUGGGGAUGAGGCGGGUGGAUUGUUCCUGUCAUCUGGGGGUCUGACACAUGUUGCUCUGAUAUGGGGAAGGGCUGGGGUACUGGAGAUCCAGAGAGUAUGCAGACCGCUUUGAGGUGGAUCCAGCUAACUCGCUCCUCAGCAUCAUCUGUGUGGACUUUGCGUGUCUCCGGGAGCCCAGCAGUGCAGGCUUUGUAGAGUAGUAGUCCAUGGUCCUUGUACCGCGAUCUUGCAGCCACCCCUGCAUCCAAUAUAAAUCUGAUUUGGUGUUCAUCCUGGUGGGAGGGGCCUGGAGGUGGGGUAAGCAGCCAGACAGGUUUGACAGGUACAUGGGAACCUGGAGAGGGCUGGCCCAAGGUCAGGUGGCCUUCAGGGAGGGGCACUUGACAACCUAGUAGCAGACAAGCCAGAAAUUGGGGUCAGAACAGGAAGGACUCACCAGGAUACUCCACAGGGACAGGCAUCAACAGGUCCUAUCUGGAUGCCCUGUCCUCGGCCGCCCUGGCUCCGCCGCCCCCGAGCCUCCCAGGGCUCGAGCCCCGGCUCCCCAGGUACCCUCUCUGCACCCAGGUCCCCUAGCAGAGGUGAAGACGAGGACGCGGAAGAGGAGGAGGGCGAUGGCACCCCAGGCGAUGGCCCCAUCCUGCCCCCCGCAUCCCCCAUGGAGUGCCUUAUCUGUGUGUCACCCUUCGACGGCAUUUUCAAGCUGCCAAAACGCCUGGACUGCGGCCACGUCUUCUGUCUCGAGUGCCUGGCACGCCUGUCGCUGGCUACGGCGAGUGGCGGCGACGCAGUGGCUUGCCCCAUGUGCCGCGCGCCCACACGCUUGGCCCCGCGCCGGGGGCUUCCCGCUCUACCCACGCAGCCAGGUCUGCUGCCUCGCGACGCGCGCGCGCCACUGCCACGCCAGGGCUCCGUGCGCUUCGACCGCCGCCGAGGGCUCCUGUACCUGCGGCCACCGCCGCCGUGUCCCGGGCCGCGCAAGAGCCGCACAGUGCACGCCCCGCCGCCUCCACCCCCGCUGCGCCUCGGCCGCCCGCUGUCUCGUCGCCUCUCCCUGAGCAGCCCCACAUGGGCUUUCAACGCGGCAGUGGCCCUGGCCGUGCUGGUGGCUGCAGGCCUUGUUGUCUCUGGUGUCUACAUCUUCUUCCUCAUCCCUCACGUCACCACCUCGGGACUCGGGCGACCUCAGGUCGUAGCUCUUGCCCCUGAUGCCGACUUCUGGCAACCUCCGCGGCCCACGCCGAUAGCAACCUGGACACAUACCUGGAUGCCGCACCCGACAAAGCCUGACCUGGACCCGGAUGACACCCUGCCGGAGACUGCCGAGGGCACGCCAGAGCUCGAGGAGGCUGCCAACGACGCAGGAGACACCCUGGAUACACCACCCAGGCAAACACCGAAGGUAGAGACCGACCUUGCCUGGAACCUCCAGGCACAAGAUGAUGGGAAGAGGGUGUAACCCCAGCAAUAAAUGCUUCAGUGCUACAGCCGUCUCUCCCAACCAGAGAAUUUCUGUUAUCCUGGAGGGCAUUAACAGAGUGCAUUUCUCCAGAUUGGGAGCUGGAAAGGGACAAACUCUCACUGGAGUCAUUCUCCAAGAUUCCUCGGAGAAAUGUCUCUGAUUCCCACGGCCGUCUAGCUGAAAGUCCCCUGGCCACGACCUUUGUAAGGGUCCUACUGACAAUGACUUCUGAACCACACAUCUGUCUGGGUAAGUCUAGUUGGGAUACCUACGCCUGAUCCUCAUCUCUGUGGAAAUCCAGCUGGCCUCGUCCCCAACGGCGUCUACACAGGACUGUGUCGGGGCACUUUAGCCUUGAUCCUGAUGGGAUGCUUUUGGAGGCACUUCAAAUCAUCAUCACCACAGCUCUGGGGAUGAAGGAUCUGGUUCACUCAUCCUUUGGACUCACCACAAUGGGACUGGGGCCCCCAUCUUUGGAGUCCAAAACUGUUGUUACCGUUCUGAUUACGUGUCUUGCUGCCCACAGCUGCUCUGUACAUUUCAGCAUCUGGACUUGGACUUUGAGGGACAGGGGUGGCCUGGCCAGGGCUGGGGAGGGCCCUGACUUCUGGAAACUCCUUCCCAUUUGGGAAGUAAAUCCCAAGUUGCUCUGGGAGUCUCGAUGUCUCCUCCAGACUCUGGCUUCUGGGACCUACUCGAUGUGGCCGUCACGCUGAAUAGCGCAAGACUCUGGCCCUCCCUAGCUUGAACCCCACUAUUCCCAUGUCUCCCCUUCUCCGGGGCUCCAUCAGCUCUCCCCAGCCUUCCCUCUACGCCUCGGCUGAAGCUGAAGCCUUUCCAGUAUCCACCUCUACAGAAGGUGGCUCCUGCCUGCCUCCCAAAAGCCUUCUUGGCUCUGACACAGAGUAGGAUGAAGGCAGCCAUUCUCUGCGUAGGCUGACCAAAGCCCUCUGAAACCCCAAGUCCUGCCUCACCUCGCCUGGCAUGAGAUGACGUGUGUUAAGGGUGGGCAGCAUUCCCCACAAUGAAAUGUGACUUCUUUGUGUCUGGA